AUAGCAGAUAACAGUUAGCUUGGAUAAAGGUGGAUUAUAUAUCGUUUGAAUAAAUACCAUUCGAGGGGGAUAGUCAGACUCAGACCAUCAUCCGGCCUACAAGUGCCUGCACCUCUCGAACAGGACCACGACUGAUCGGACAGAAAACCUCGCUUAACAUGGAGACCGCAGUGUUCACCAGCUGGCUCCUCUUUGUGCUGUUCAGCCCGGCUGUGCCCAUGUGUUUACCCACUGACUUCACCCUGUAUGUGGAGAAGCCGGAGUGUGACUUCUGUGUGGCCAUCAAUACUACUAUCUGCAUGGGAUUCUGCUACUCAAGGGACAGCAACAUGAGGAAUGUUCUCGGCACGCGCUUCCUUAUCCAGAGGAGCUGCACCUACGAUAAGGUGGAAUACCGCACGGCCAUCCUGCCUGGCUGUCCCAUCGACUCCAACCCUGUUUUCACCUACCCGGUGGCCCUCGGCUGCCACUGUGGUGCCUGCAGGACUGACACUGAUGAGUGCGCACACAGAGCCAGCACAGACGGAGCUAAGUGUACCAAACCCGUUAGAAGGAUCUAUCCGUACCCUGGCCAGAGCAACUAUGUGAUCCCUUUUUGAUUCUUACGCACUUAUUCGGGUGGUUAUCUUGUUUUUCUUGUAAUGGGCGCACUGUUAUGUGCACUGUCUGUACUGUUACCUUUUGUACCAGCUUCUUUCACUGGCCCUUUGUUGCCCAACAUGUCUGUGCCGCAGCUCUGCUUCUCAGUUUACAAUGGGGGUUGAUCCCGGCGUGUAUUUUUGUCCGCAUCAUUAUUCGUCCUUUUGUUCGCUGCCAGACUUCAUUAUGUUAAAGGAUACUCUAUAGAGAAUACUACUCAAUUAAAGCUGAGGUCUCUAAAAAGCU